AUGCUUAUGUCUUCUUAUGUUGCCAUUGAAGUUGAGUGGUAUGGUAUCAGUAUUAUUACUUGGGCUAAAGACAAGUCCAUUGAUAAAAUUUGUGAAAUGUUUUUACAUUGUGAGACAGUAGACUUAGUUACAGAGAGGUAUACCACUCCGAUCUUUGAAGCUAAAUACAGAAUAUCGCUACGGGAGGUUAUUCCGUUUAGCUGCGUUGCAUACCCCGACCGUGAUAUGCACCCCAAUGUAGAAAUGAAACCUCAGAAAAUUGGUAAGACAUUUCUGUCUAUAUUAGUACAUUGGAAAAGAGAUUGGUAA